GUAGUUCCAAUGCUCAAAAUAACAAUUAAACUAUCGUGUACAAUCUUCCAGCGCUAAUAACUCUUAACACAAACAGCUACGUCAACAACAUUAAAAUGAACGAAUCAGAAAUACCUAUUGACAUUCACACGUUGAAGCUCCAGGAUUGGCUUGUAAGCAGACGUAUUGUUCCAAAAAAUAUACAGGCUGCGAUCAAGGAAAUACACUCAAAGAUCAGCAAUGCUCUGCAUGAUAUGCCCGCCAAUGAUCAGUUAAUAAAACUGUUAUCUGGUUCCAAUAUAAACUAUUUGCAUGUCAAGGAGAUCAUCGAAAUACUUAAGCAAACUGAAAAGGAUACUAAAAGCGUCUUUGGCACCUAUGGCAGUCAGCGUAUGAAAGACUGGCAGGAAGUUUGCCGUCUAUAUGAGAAGAACGCCACGUACCUAGCAGAGACUGCACAAAUAUUUGUGCGCAAUGUAAACUACGAAAUACCUGGAGUACGAAAGCAAAUGCUCAAACUAGAGCAACAAACCGAUGACUGCUUGAAACGUGCCCACGACCUUAAUAAGCCAGAGGCACAGCUUCUUGCAGAGCAUGCUGCCUUGCUGGAGCAACUGGGUGUUAAGGGCGAAAACUUGCAUUCUGAAUUCAUUGAAGUGCUGGCAGGCCUACCAGACCUGUACGCCAAGUCCUUGCAGGACAUUGGUAGAGUGCAAGCUGGCAUUGAUUUAUAUGCCCAAUUUAGCGGGCAGCAACAAUGUUUGCCCAUACUACGUCAUUUGGUGGAGCAUGGAAACACCACAGUGUAUCAGUACAUUCACAAGGAAGCGCCUCUGGCUGUAGAAGAACCUGAGCUGCGUCUCAACUUUAGUGGUUCGAAUUCGAGUAAGGAAACUGAAGCCAAUGAAAUCGACUUUGGUACUGAUGAGAAUGGUGGGACAUCCUCGACAGUCUCAGCGGAAAUUAUUGACUAUGGUGACUUCCAGGAAACCGAUGGCGGCAACAUAGACUGGGGCAUUGAAAGUGCGCCAACGGACGCUAUUGAGAUCAACUUUGAUAUACCUGUUGAGGAAUAUGGUAUUGUUGUUGAGGGCACCGGGAUGGAUGGUGGUACAGCUAAAGGUGAUCAGGCGUACACGUUGCUAGACUCGCCCAACUAUCGGGAUCGGUUUUUGGACGAAAUACACGAGCUGGAGGCAUUUUUGCGUAUGCGUCUUUAUGAGCUGAAUCACUUGGAUUCGUCUAGCAACAUUAUGUUCUCACUGAUGGACAAUAUUUCGACUCACGACAGCGAGAGUAUUACCAAAAUACUGAGCGAUGUUGAGAAGAUCAUUCAGAAAACUUCAGAUGAGCAAACACGUCAUCUAUUCCAACUGAAACAUUCACCGAAAUAUGCCGAUUUGCUAACCAGCAAGCUGCAAAAGAUGACUAAAGCUGUGGAAAAGCUGCGCGCAACUCGUGAGGUGCUGAAGCAGCGUGCCGUAGAACUGCGCGAGCAGCGCCAGCAAUUGAAUCCAGUUUUAGAUGAACUGAUUGCACAGACUCGAGCCCUGCAAACCUAUAUUGAAAAGGAUAUUUCAAAGCGCUACAAGAAUCGUAUUGUCAAUCUAGUUGGCGGAGUAAAUUAGAUGUUUUUGUUUUGAAUAGUAUAUAUGACUGGGAAGGUACGGAAAAG